CACAGCGGCACUGCAUAAGCGCAGCGAACGGUGUUCACAGUUUUCGCCCCCAUCCUGCACCCCCCUCCACUCCCACCAAAGUGACAAACCAAGCGGAGCAAGAUGCCUGCAGAAAAGCGCUUUGUGUUCUCCGCUCGCUUUAUCGGAGCCAUGCACAGGGAGACACCAAAACUGAAGAUGUUCAUGAUAUCCGUGCUGUGGUCGGAUGAGAAUGAAGUGAUUAUCUACAGGUCUUAUAAUGAUUUCAAGAACUUUCAUAAGCAACUGAAGAAAAAGUUUCCUGUCUUUGACCCUUCACAAAAUAACAGCAGAAUGAUCCCAAAAUUUAAAGGGGAGGCCCAAAAAAAGGGAAUCCAGCAAAGUGGAUCAAAACGAUCAAUCGAGAGGAUGAAGGACUUGCAGGGCUACUGCGACAAGCUUCUCAUGUGUCACGAAAUGGUGACCCGCAGUUCAGAGGUCACGCAAUUUUUCACGCCACUCGACCAAGACAUGGUGCCGGAGUUCACCAAAAACUGCGUCAUGAUCCUGCUGCCAGAUGAUAGCUCGGCGAGAGGAAGAGAAGGAGAAAGAGGAGGAGGUAGCGUCUGGGAUGGAGGACUUGGCUCCGUCACUCCCCCGUUUGUCACCGAGACAUACCGCUGCGUGGCUCCGUACGAGACCAAAGACACCAAAAACCGUCCCUUUAAAGUGGCCAAGGAUGAAACACUGGAAGUCCUCAUCAAGGACCCCACUGGUUGGUGGUUGGUGGAGAAUGAGGACAAGUGCAUUGCCUGGUUUCCUGCUCCCUAUCUGGAAAAAGAGGAAAAUGAUAUGAGAGGACUGCAACAGCAAGGUGCUUUCUACCUCGCCGUGAGAAAUUACUUCGCCAAGAAGGCUGACGAGGUGUCUUUGCCCAUUGGUUCAGUGGUGGAGGUGCUUAGGAUGUCCGAUGACGGCUGGUGGCUCACCAGAUUCAACGACAAGGUGGGCUAUGUCCCCUCCAUGUACCUGCAGCCCUACAACAACCCUUGUACUGGACUUUUAAGUUUACAGAAAAAAAUGAAUAGAUCCACCCUCAACCUGACCAUCAGCGGGUUACCUCUGGAUGCUUCUUCUCCAGCCCAGCUCGCCAGGGAAACCCAUCUAGGGCAAAGUUUUGCACUCCAGCCCGGAGCUCAGUCUAGUGGACGCGGCUGUCUGGACAAAGCCAGAUCUAUGGAGCUUUUGUCAGAGACCCAAACUGUUCCUGCCCAGGUCGAGAUCAAUUAUAGCCGUUUAAAAAGCCGCGUUCGCAGCAUCAGCACAAGCUCAAGCAUAGACACCAGCAUCUCCUCGGUCAGUAGCUCGUCAUCAACUUCGAGACGCAACUCCAGCGCCAGUUAUAUGAGUUCCGGGAGUUCUGAGAGCUUUAGUUCCAGAGGCAGCGACACAGGCCCGGUUCCUCCGACGGUCCCACCCAGACCAAAGAAGGAGGAGAUUCUUAACCGGUGCUCCUCCGUGACUCGCAAAGCUGCUCUGGAGAGCAAAACCCAGCUCCAGAGAUGGCCCGAUUCAACCAUCCACUCUCGCUUGUAGGAAAACAUUCUAAAUACUACACAUUGGAGUCUUCAUGAUUUACUCACGCUAGUUCUCAUUCACACUUUUUUUUUUUAAUUCCUCCAAAAAGAAUAAGUGAUGACAGAAUUGCAAAGAGAGGAAAUAAAGUGUAUCGAACUUGAAAUCUAGUUCUGCGCUCAGUCGAUGACAAGCAAGUGUAAUGUAGCUUCAAUGAAGCACUAGACGGGGCUGGUAGAAACAAACACAUUGCUCCAGAUGUUGACGUGGAUCGUUGAAUCUCAGGAGGUUGAAAUAUUUUCUCUUCCUUUCUGCUUUCCCGUGUUCAUCUGUAUCAUUUGUUUUGAACGCACGGAAAGCACAGCAUGAAUUAAAAAUGGAUGAAUGGUCGCGGCAGUUUUUACAUGUCACGAGCAUGCAGAACAAUCAAUGUUGUAAGUUGCAUCAUUUGUGAUAUAAAGAUUAUUUGUUAAACUUUCUACACCA